CACUGGUGCGCAGUCAUGUUGGAACAGGAAGGGGCCAUCCUUUUACAAUUGUUGUUGUGCUUGUUGUGCUAGUCUGAAGGCCACAUGAAUUUUUUAGGACUUCAGAUAUUGACUCUGCAGACAGUUGGUGAUUUCUGCUCACUGUGCACUUCAGCAUGCGCUGACCCCACUCUGUCAUUUUACAUGAGUUGCUGUUGUUCCCAGUUGCUUCCACUUUAUUAUAAUCCCACUAACAGUUGAGCAUGGAAUAUUUAGUAGCCAGGAAAUGUCACGGAUGGACUUAUUACACAGGUGGCAACCUAUCACGGGACCACGCUUGGAGUCACUGAGCUCCUGAGAGCGAUCCAUUCUUUCACAAAUGUUUGUAGCAGUCUGCAU